AUGGAUUCUAAAGAAAAGCGGAAAUUUGAAGAGACAGAUCAUCAAUCGGUCUCAAAGCAACGGAAGGUAAUCGGACCUUCUCUCCCUCCGCCUCAGGCCGAUAGUGAGACCAGCAGUGAUGAUGAUGAUGAUGAUGAUGAUGAUGAUGAUUUCGGUCCAAGUCUUCCUCCAUCCGGUCCACUGAAAGACUCGGUUCAUACAGAGCCUACAGAUUCCGGUAUAUCAAAAUCGGAAAAAGAAAGCCAGCGAGAUCAAUGGAUGCUACAGCCUCCUUCCCAUUCGGAUUGGGCUUCCAAGAUCGACCCCACACAACUGCGAAAUCGCAAGUUCAAUACAAGCAAAUCAGCCACAGCACCUAAGAGUAUGGAUUCUUCGUGGGUUGAGACUCCAGAAGAAAGAAUGAAGCGACUACAGGAUGCAGUCAUGGGCGUGGGUGGUUCAACAAACCAGGGCGAGGACUCCAGAGGUGCUUCAAACGCAAAAUUGAUCGAGGAUCAAAUCAAGAGAUACAAGGACGUGACUGGGAAGAACACUCGCCUGGAAAAACCAGGUGUCCAAAAAGAAGACGAUGAUCCCAGUGCGCGUGCGUUUGAUCGGGAGAAGGAUAUGGCCGUUGCUUCAAAGAUAUCUAAUGCACAGCGCCGGGAGAUGGUGAAGAAGGCUGCGGAUUACAAUACACGUUUUACAAAGGGCAACUUUUUAUAG